AUGCCCGAACUCGAGGAUUUUCUACUUAAGAAAGAUUAUGAAGCGGCCAUUUCUAUGUUGCAAUUCAAAGAAAGCGAAGGGCCAUAUGAUGAAACAAGGUCGUUAUGGUUAGGACAUUGUUAUGUGAGAAGUGGCGAAUACCGAAAAGCGGCUCAAGUUUAUGAAAAAAUGAUGAAACAAUCCAAUUAUCCUCAGGAAGUGCCCACUUAUUUAGGAUGCUGCUUGUUCUACCUUGGAAUGUACAAUGAAGCAAAACAAGUAGCUGAAAAAGCCCCGAAAUCUGGACUUCAAGUCCGCCUUAUGUUCCAUGUAUCGCAUAAAUUGGGAGACGAGAAGCGGCUGAUGACCUAUCACCAGCAACUCGGCGACAAUCUCGAAGAUCAACUGUCGCUGGCUAGUAUUCACUAUAUGAGGAUGCAUUAUGGAGCUGCAGCUGAAAUAUACAAGCAAUUGCUCGUUGAGCAUCCGAAUCUACUGGCAAUCAAUGUAUAUAUGGCAAUGUGUUAUUUCAAAAUGGAUUAUUAUGAUGUUGCGAAGAACGUUCUCGAGAAUUACGCAAAUGUCUACCCAACUAGCCCAGCCGUUCAGAAUCUGAGAUCUUGCAUCAAUUUUCGGGCAUAUUCUGCGAAAGCGGCCGAUGUGCCGGAAAUCGAAGCAAUGCUCAAAACCGAUUUGUAUCCGUCAGCCAAGGCUAUAAUGCAGCACAAUCUGGUGGUUUUCAAAAAUGGCGACAAAGCUCUUCAAGUGUUCCCAUCUCUCAUGGACACAGUGCCGGAAGCCCGAUUGAAUAUGAUUCUUUAUUAUUUAAAAAAGGAUCAAAUUCAAGACGCUCUUGCGCUUUGCGGCGAAGUUGAGCCGCAAUUGCCAAGCGAAUUUUUGAUCAAAGCCAUCACAUUUACAAUUUGGGGAUACAUGAAAGAUUCUAAAGAUCACUUAAAGACCGCCGAGCAGUUUUUCAAAAUGGUUGGUCAGUCGACAGCGGAAGCCGACACAAUCACUGGCCGGCAUAGCAUGGCGUCGACGAAUUUCCUCGCCAACAAACACGACGAGGCGCUUGUGUUCUUGAAUACGAUCGAGGAAUACCAUCAAAAUGACGAUGUGUUCCACAUGAACUACGCGCAAUCUCUCCUCCAAUGUCGACAUUAUAAGGACGCCGAGGAGAAUUUCUUGAAAGUGACCGGACCCGACCGAGAUAAGCCGUUGUACAAAUUCAUGUUGGCGAGAGCAUUUAUUUUCAAUGGGAAACCCAAUUUUGCGUGGGAUAUUCUCACAAAAACCAAAGAUCAGAGCGACGCGUUCCAUUUGAUGAAAAUCAUUGCUCAUGAUUGCUAUAAGGCUAGUGAAUUCUUCUAUGCGGCCAAGGCAUUCGACGCGCUUGAGAGGGCCGAUCCAUCGCCGGAAAAUUGGCAAGGGAAAAGAGGAGCCACUGCGGGGCUUUUCAGGCAGCUCGUUCAAGGAAAGGCGACAAACGAUCAAAUGUCGGAGAUCCUUGCACUGGUCGACACCAGCCAUCAUCCGCACGCCGAAUUCCUGUCGAAUGUGAUACGCAAGUGGGCGAAAUCGCACGCGGUGGCUCUUGAUUAA